AUGCCGGAAGGCCUUGAUACUCCCGCCCCGGCGGCGGCUCCUGGGAGACCCUACCACGCCAAACGCCCGCACCGCAAAUCUAGAAUGGGAUGCCGGAACUGCAAGACCCGCAAAGUCAAGUGCGACGAGAGCCGCCCAGUCUGCCAUCCGUGUACUCUCCGGGGUGAAAAAUGCGUGUACCUGCUUGCACCCCCACCCGCGCGCUCAUCCCGGAGCAGGACCGCCUCGCCCGCGUCUUCUUCUUCCGGCAGCAGGCCGGCCCCGACUCCGCCUUCGACCCAGACCCCGGCUUCCGAUCCGGACCUCGCCCUGUUGGGCAGACACACCCCCGCCGUCACCCACCAACCCCAGUUCAUACCAAGCGGCCACAGCGAGGCCGACAUGCGGCUGCUGUGGUUCUACACCACCGCCACCUACGCCUCCUUCUCGACCGGCCAGCUCAAAGAACGCAGCGUGGACGUUAUCCUCCGCGUCAAUGUCGUCCAGCAGGCCUUCGCCAACCCCUUCCUGAUGAACUGCCUCCUAGGGCUCACCGCGAUGCACGUCAACUACCUGGGGAUACCCCACAUGGGGAUAUCCCGUGCGCUCGAAGCACACUACCGCACCCAAGGCCUCGAGUCCUACCGCAAAGCCAUCGAAGCUGCCGACCCAACCACCUACCCAGCCCUCCUCGCGACCUCCCUCUUCCUCUGCGGCCUAUCCACUCAUGUCUUCCGGGGCGAAGACGCGCGGCCCUUCUCCCUGCUCGACUGGAUGAUGCUGUGGAAGGGCAUCGGGGCCAUCAUCGACGUGACCAACCUUCCGCACAUGUUCCGGACGGGCAUCGCGGCGCUGCUCUUCCGCCCCGCCGUCGACAUGGACGCGUCGGCGCGCGCCCUGCCCAACUACCUGCUCUUCAUGAUCACCUCGGUCAAGCCCGACGACGCCGACUACCCGCUCGUGCCCAAGUACUACAAGGCGCUCAAGUUCCUCGGCUCGCUCUACCUCGAGCUGCGCAACGGCUUCAGCCACCGCCUGUUCCUCCGCACCGUCACCUUCCUCACCUACCUCCCCAAAGUCAUCCUCGCGGCCGCGCGCGAACGCCGCCCGCGCGCGCUGGUCAUCCUGGCGCACUACAUGGUCUUCGUCACCUUCAAAGCCCGAGCGUGCUGGUGGAUGGACGGGAUAGCCGGGUUCGAGAUCCCCAACAUUGCGCGGUUCCUGGGCCCCGCGUGGGCCCCGCUGCUGCGGGUGCCGCUGGCGGCGCUGGAGGUGGGGGGCGACAACCGGGCGAUUGCGCGGCUGCUGCUGGACGACCCGGAGUGGGACGAGCCGACCGACAUGGGGGUGGAGCCGGCGUCGCCGGAGGGGGAGCGGGAGCUCGCGAUCCGGGCGCUGAUGGAGGAGGAUGUGGCGCCUGAGGUGCAGGCGUAUCGGGAGAGGAAGAUGCAGUUGCAGCUUCGUAAUUCCUAA